CUAAUUGCACCUACAGGAUGGGGCAAGAGCGCUGUAUUCCAGGCGGUUCCGGCCUUGCGGGGCGGCAUUUGCCUCAUGAUUAUGCCCUUAAACCUGCUUGAAGAGGACCAGGCCAAGUCUAUUUCUCGAAUACCCUGCUGCCGGCCUUGCGUAUUAAACGCCCAGUCGAACAAAGCCGCGUUGCUCAACGAGAUCCGAAUCGGCAAAUACACGCACGUGCUUCUGAGUCCAGAAAUUGCACUGUCAGAGCGAUUUAAGACGGAGGUCCUAUAUGAUCAGGCCUUCCAAGACCACCUCGUGUUGGUGGCCAUCGACGAAUUACACGUGGUCAGCGAGUGGGGUCUGCAUUGGAGGAAUCGAUAUAGUCAAUUGGCGUUGUUGCGUCACACGGUUAGUAGACGCGUGCCUUGGUUUGGUUGCUCUGCGACA